ACUAUCAUUGUGUCUCCAGCAGGGGGCGACGAAGCCUCCUUCGUGUUUUCUCUUGAUUUCCGUUUCCGGGUCGUUCUUCCUUUCCUGUCGGCCAUUUGUCGCGAGCGAUUUGAAGGCGACCACUUCGAGCUAAAACAUGCAGAACGACGCUGGAGAAUUUGUGGACCUGUACGUCCCGCGAAAAUGCUCUGCCAGCAACAGAAUCAUUGGAGCCAAGGACCACGCCUCCAUUCAGAUCAACAUUGCUGAGGUCGACAAAGUGACUGGUCGCUUCAACGGUCAGUUUAAGACCUACGCCAUCUGUGGCGCUAUCCGCAGAAUGGGAGAGUCUGACGACUCCAUCCUGAGGCUGGCAAAGAAUGACACCAUUGUUGCAAAGAACAUCUAAGGUCAACUCUGGAGCCACGGCAAAUUUGUAAAAUAAAAAUGGAGAAAAAAAAAA